AUGCAUAUUAUCAGCUUCGGUGCCGAUGGCAUGGCCACAGAUUUAUGCAUGAGCAGCAGUAUCCACAUUGAGCGAGUAUGUAUCGCUGCGGCGCUGUACACACUUGUGAAGUAUAUGGGCAUUGGAGAGGAGACUUUCUGCGCGGACGACUCGCCCUCGCCGUUCCACCGGCCGAGCUUGGAAUUUGCUGAUGACGAUACACGGAAUCGGACAAUUGGCAUGGUCCAACAAAUGUACAAGACCUUGAAGCCAGAUUUGAGACCAAUUGCCGAGCAGAUCGUGGUAAAGCACCAUCCCUAUAUCGACAUUCUGCCCUUCCCAACGUUGCGAAGAAACCUUAUUAUGCAUCAGAAGCAAAUCGAUGAGGAUGAAUUCUUGAACGAUACACUGACUGGUUUGAUCUGCUGGGGUGGCGCGGGCACGUCAAGGAGUGAUACAGAUAAUGCGACGGGGCACGCGGCUACGGAAACAGUGUGGGAUGUACGAAGUUGGGAGGCCAAAACUUGGUUUCUGAAGAAGUAUUGGUGGCUGCUUGGUGGGGAGGAUGGAGAGCUGGUCAGACAGAGUGAGUGGUGGCGGAGUGUUAGGGGAGAGGAACUGAAUGCAGAUCUAGUUGCGUUCAAAAGCUGA